AUGUCUCCGCCGUCACCUCUACCACCACAACCACCAGCUCCACCGCCGUCUCACCACCACCACCUUCUCUGUAAAACGACGUCGCUUCCUGACGUUAUUUUCGCUGCUUUCUCUUUAUUUAUUCUCCUCUCUUCUCCUAAACCAACCUCCGUUUUCUUUCUCCCUAACAACAAAAUCUGUUUCCCAUUAAACCCGCGAAGAUUCCUCAAACUCCCCACCAUGUCCUCCCCUUUACGCUACCCUACAACCCCGAGAAGCCCUGGCCGCCGUCCCUUUGCCACCCCUCAGUCUUUAUCGGAUUGGCUCAAGCCGCGGCUUCCCUCCGAUUCCUUCGCCUCGUGGGGAGUCAAGCCGGGAACGAAGAACGUUCAUAACUUAUGGCUUGAAAUCUCUGAGGGUGAAACCUCGCUUGCUGAUUCUACUCCUCCCGUCCGCUCCGUCGAGGUCGUGAUCGUGCGGAUUAUUCGAAAUGACGGAAAAGUCCUUGUUGAAUCACACCAGGAGUUGUCCAACGGUGACGUGCGCACCCGGUGCCGGCCCUUAUCGGAGAAAAUGAAGACUGGAGAAUCCGUAGAGGCUGCCGUCUUUCGGGCCGUUGAGGAAGAGCUGGGAUCCAUUAUUAAAAAUGGGAAUAUUCAAACUUUUGGUCAUUAUGGUUAUGAUGUUAAUGACAUUGUGAAAAUUGUUCCGAAUUCUUAUGUAAAGAAGGUAGAGGAGAGAGUUUCUGCAUCGUACCCGGGAUUGCCGGCUUGUUAUCUGUUGCAUACAGUGGAUGCCGAGGUGGAGUGGUUGCCAGAAGGCGAGUUUUGUACAGAGGAGGUGGAGGAGUACGGGGAUUUUGAUGGGAGGAAUCUUGCAGAUAGCGCAGUUCAUUGUAAAAAGCAUUACUGGAAGUGGGUCGAUUCUAAUUCGGUUUGA